UGUCGAAAUUUGUUCUUUUUGUGUCAUUGUAUAAAUUUUGUUUUGUUAUACUCACUUUCAUCUUUUUCGGCUGGACCUUUUGUGGAUUUUUUGGUGUUAUUUUUACCGUCUGAUGCGUUGGCUUUUUUCUUUCCUAAAAUAUAAGCAUUUAUUGGUUUAAAUUCAAAAAUACUAAAAUAUAUUUUGUUAUAAACGAUGGAAUACGCCAUUGAAGGCGGUGAUCGCGAUGCUGUCACGUCUUUAGAGGGUGAGGAAGAAGAUGACAACGAACGAGAGUUUCGGGUGCUCUUGAACGAUAAUGAAAGUCUAAUGAGGCGUUUGGAAGAGUUCAAACGCGCAUGUGAUGAGCACGAGAAGCAUGCACGCAAGCGUUGCAAGCGUCGAUACUACAAUCUCGGACUGAUGGCGCGCAUCGUUAUGGAAACCACAGACGAUGAGCUCAGGAGUCUGCUGAAGAACGGUGCACGCACUUUUCUCAUUGACACAGUCACUAGUAAACGCAAUGAGUUUGAGCAGCUGUUAAUUCGCUCGAAAACUAUAAUUGAUAAAUUCCAAGAGGAGGAACCCAGAAUUCGCAUACCCAUUGGGAUAGCAUUACAAUUUCAGGGCGAUUGCUGCCGCAUUGGGCGUUUACGUAACAAUUGUUCAGUGCUGCUACAUCGGGGUGACGUUAUGACGCUAACACUCGAUGGAGCCUACCGUUAUUCCAGCUUUCGAGAGAUUGCCUUUGUCUUGAAUUUAAAAUAUUAUUUUAAAUCAUUGAAACUUGAUGACAUCUUGCUGCUCGGGAAUGAGGUGAAGGGUAAGAUUGUGAAAAAACUUAAAAAUAAUAUAGCAUUGGUGAUUGAGGAUGCUGGUAUAAUUAAUUCGUAUGAAUAUAUCGAGCUACCAAAUCAAUGUUACUCGUUGUCCAACGAAACCUUCCCCGAUCUAUUAAUGAACGACCUGCAGCUGGCAGCGCAAUCCAAAGCCGAUUUCAUCGUAUUGCCACGCAUCCGCUGCAAGCCAUUCCUUCGUACGUUGCGUAACAGUUUAAAAGACGUACAUGAUUUCAAAUUAAUUGGCACAAUCGACCUCGAAUUUGUCAGUUCGAAAAUGCUCGAUUUGAUGGGAAUCGUUAAAUUACUGGACUAUGUUUGGAUACAGGACAUGUUUUGCGCCAGCACUUCCCUGCAAAAUCACAUAUUCAACGAUUUAAUACCUUUGGCGAAAUGUUUGAAAAAGCCCAUUAUAGGCACAAUACCCUUGGAGCGUUGCAGUGACUUCAAGCGUUUUGAAAAUCAUGAUUUUCUGUGGCGCAUCGACACGAUGUUUAUACAAAAGAGUAGUUGGUGCAACAAAUACCCACUGAUUGUGAAAAAGUUGUUGCCUCUGAAGGAUUUCCACAAAGCAGUUGUGGAAAACUCUAUGGCUUUGAAGAACAUUCUGUCCUCUUAUCAAAGCAUAGUUAAUUUUAUAAUACGCACAAUCAGCUCAGUGGAGUGCCAAGCGAUUGUAAUGCAUAGUAAAUGCGAAACAGCCGCGGUGGCUCUGGGGCGGGUGGAAAUCUACUGUCCAGUUCUAAUGAUGUUGCCCUUAGAAAAUAUGGAGGAGAAAGAGUUCGAAUGCAAAUUGAAAUUGGCAAAGGCGCUGAACUUGCGGCGCAAUUUGCGUGGAAUUCUCUACACUCAAGAAAUGAAUGAGGGAAAUUUGAGUCCAAUUGAAUAUGGCAUCGAAUAUGGACGCGUCAGUGGUUUAUUGGAAACCGGUGAUUUUGUAAUUACAUUGGAAGUUUGCAAGGAAGAUGAGGACGAUGUUCAAUAUGGCGUUAAUGAGGACGUAGUCAUACUUCGAGCUUUCUAUUUGCCACCAAUGCCUAUCGGUGAAAAAUUUAAAUACAGUUAAGAAGCUUUCGGUUAUGGAAUAAAUAUCUCGAUAUAAAUAUAUCAUAUUCUUCUAU